CCUCUGCAACACAUUCACUUUCUCCAAUCUUACUAUCGCUACCACCAGCAUCUUUUCCCAGAUACCAAAACUGUCAACAUGAAGGCCACCACCAUUAUCGCUCUCCUCGCCCCUUUGGCUUCCGUUCAAGCCACCUGCUACCGCAGCGGUCACGUCUGGGGCCCUAAUUUCAAUACCGCCAUGGAUGCCGCCGCCCGGCUCUGCAACGAUGGAGCGCUCUCUGGCUCUUUCAAUGCCAACGGCGUUAAAUCUGGGUGCCAGACGCUCGAGAACAACGUGAGGGCUCAAUACCAAGUCACUUACAUUGGAGGUGGAACGUCUGUUCUGAGCCCCGAAGAGUGCAAAUUCCGCCUCCAGAAUGAAAUUGGCGGCUGCGAACAUGGUGGUCAGAGUGACGUUGGUAGCUGGCGCUUCAGCUCCGACCCCAACUCCGGCUUUUGCUAGAUUACUGAACCUAGCUCGACCGAGGAGAAUGUCAAGGGUCACAUCUUGCUCAAUCCAGAACCCGUUCGUCAU